AGUUUCAAGUCAAGCACUUUUCCAAUUUAUAACCCUCGUCUUACCUCAACUCAUAAAGAUGGUCCGCCUUCUGACUCUCGGCCUGUUCCUCAUCAGCGCCCUUACUGCGCAGGCCUGCACCUACUGCCAAUGCGAGUUCAGCGACGGCAGUCAUUGCUGUGUUUAUUCGGAUGCAAGCGUUGGAGAACUGGAUUGCACGACCUACUGUGCCAGUGCGCAUCGUGCGGACGGUGUCAGCAACGCUGAUGGAACUGCCGGGACUGCCUGCAAUGCGGGAGGCGCGUACAAGUGUGCCAGUGCGCUCGAGGCUCAGGACCGGACCUCGUGCUAUGCGGAGUGAUUGAUGGUGUGAUUGAUGGCGUGAUUGAUAGUGGUGGAUGUCUGAUCAUG